UUGCUCUAAAAAUUUUCCAUCAUGUCUGAACCAAAUGGAGCUGUUGCUUCACUUAUUUUCCUACUCGUUUUCUCCUCCAUGUUUUCACCAAAGUUGGUAGUUUUUGGCUCGGCUCUUCACGAACAUUCCUUCAAGAGGCCCGAUCCUCUUCGACACUUGAAGGACUACCGUGGGGUCUAUAACGUUACAGACACGCAUUACUGGGCCUCUGCAGCAUUUACAGGAGUUCAUGGAUAUGCAAUGGCGGGAGUUUGGACAUUGUGUGGUAUAUGUUUUGGGAUUUUCUUAAUUUUCAAGAACAUAAGCAGCAGCGAGUCUUCUUCUUCUUCUUCUUCUUUCACUGACCAUUUGGAUCGUUACUAUUUGUUGUUGUUUAUGAUGUUCCUCCUGUUAACAUUGCUCGCCAUAGUUGCUGCCAGCUUCGUCAUUGCAGCCAACCAGAGAUCCCUGCAAAGAAUAAAGAAACUGAAGAAUACUAUUGUAAGUGCUGGAGAUGAUGUUAGCAAAUCCAUCCGAAGAUUAAUUACUGCAAUGACAAGAAUACAAUACCUUCUGCUUCCGUAUGAUCGAAAGACAUCUCAGGAAUUGAAUGUGACGACACAUAGACUCGGAAAGGAAUCACGAACCAUUCAGAAUUUUGUUAGAAGUCAUGAACGUCCAAUCGAUGUGGCUAUUCAAACUUCGUACGUAGCACAUCUUGUGAUUGCCAUGGUCAACUUGCUAUUGUUGAUUGCUGCACUUGUUCUGCUUCUGUCGCAUUGGCACCCUGGACUUAUCUUCAUAAUAUGUUUCUGCUGGAUCUUAACAGCUCUGUGCUGGGUUUUGACUGGCUUUGAUUUUUCCCUUCACACGUUUGCUCAAGAUUCUUGUUCAGCUUUUGAAGAUUACGUACAAGACCCCCAAAACAACAUCUUAAGCUCAAUAUUACCCUGCAUGAAUUCAACAAAUUCAGACGAAAUCUUGACUGGAAUUGGCUCGACUGUCCAUGAUUUCAUAGGGGAGUUGAACUUACAAAUAACUGAGGUAUAUUCAAGAAUCAAAUUGAACGAACAAAAUGAUGGUUUAUUUGGCUUUGGGAUGAUAUGUGACCCCUUUUCCGGAGCACCUAACUACAGCUAUGUACCUGAAGUCUGCCCCGAAGAUGCCAUCCCCAUCGGCAGCAUACCAGAUAUCCUUUCAAGGUUCACCUGCUACAAUGAGAAUUCCACUCAAGUAUGCUCAAGAAAUGGAAAAAUCCUUCCCGAGGAUACUUACAACGAGGCAUCGGCAUACAGCCAUUCUGUUCAGUACAUGCUUAAUGUGUUUCCUGAUCUGCAGAACUUGGCCGAAUGCAGCAUGGUAAAGGACGCAUUCUCUGACGUUUUCCUGCAUCAAUGCAGACCGUUUAGGACAUCGCUACGAUGGCUAUGGGCAUCGAUGCUAUCUCUUUCAAUUUCCAUGAUGCUUUUAGAGUUAACUUGGAUUGUGAAAGCUUUUCAAGAGAAGGGAAGGUGCUUCUCCAGAUGUUCAAUCUUCCCGAGACAAUCAAACCCUCUUUAGAAUAGCAAAACUGUAUGGUGGAGGUUAUCUCUUGGCUGGCUAGGCUGUAUAAAUUUAUGUCACACAAUCAAAUUUUAGUACAUAUUCAUGAUUGUCCUAAGACAUGG